GAAAUGCUGGUCUUGUGACCGGAAGUCGACAUAAAUGCGGAAGCAAAUUGUCUGUUUUGCAGUCAGUUGUCGAAUAUAUUUUAUUUAUUUUAUCAAAUAAACCAAAGUUCAAAAUACAUAAACUGUUUCUUCUGAGCUUUAAAAAAAAAUCAUGGACGAGCCCACAGCAUCUGGCGUGUUCUGCAGCAGAAUGCUGAGUAUGGUUAACUCUGAGGACGUGAACGCUAUCAUCCAGGCUCAGAGACACAUGCUCGAUCGGUUUGAAAAAACCAACGAAAUGCUGAUAAACUUCAAUGGACUGUCAAAUGUGAGGCUGCAGCAGAUGAAUGACCGCUUCCUACUCCACACCCGCACCCUGGUAGAGAUGAAGAAAGAUCUGGAUAGCAUUUUCAGAAGAAUUAGGACUUUAAAAGGGAAAAUUGCCAAACAAUACCCAGAAGCUUUCACCAAUAUCCACGAGUCACCAAUCUCAGAAGAUGAAGAUGACGAAUUUGACCCAGUUCCUCCAAGCGUUGCUACAACAACCACGACAGCCACUUCAGAGCAAAGCACAGAAUCCUGUGACACAAGUCCGGAUGUGAUUUCACCCACUGUGAGCAGAUGUUCUGAGGACCUCUCUCAGGAGCCACCUGACACACCCACUUCUGAUGUCCAAGAGACAGCAGUUCUUCAGGAUGAGGGUCCUGACUCUGUACCUGCUGAGUAAAAGCAACAGAAUGGACAUAAAGUUCACAGGCCAUGCUCUGUGUUUAAACAAAUUCUUUUUUUAGUGGGUACAUCUGUUUGUUAAAGGUCAAGUUUCUCUUUUAUUGUCUAAUACUGACUUGAUGUAUGUCUGCAUAAAAUGUAAAUAAUGGAAAAAUGCUACUUUACUUGUGAAGCGUUUGAAUAUAAAAAUAUGUAAAAAUUCAGGAUCCAAAGGCUUCAAUAAUUAGGUGACUGUAGUUUUCUUUUCUUUAAAAAGAUGCACUUUUGGCCGAAAACUGCAUUCUUAAAUGCACAAGUUUAAGGAUCUCAAUUUAUAUACUAAUAGCUGAGAGUAUUAUUCAGACUUGUCUUGUGUUUACCUUGUUAACUUCAGUGUUUUCCUAAGGUUACUGUUGGCACAUUAAACAGAUUUCCUGUGGGAAUAGAAGCUUGAAAAUACACAUUAUACAUGUGUAUUUGCAUGUCAUAGAGACUGUCAAGAAGGAAAAUCAACAACACAAUACAUUUAUUAAUAUAACCAAUAAUAUAAUUAUUUUUUUCUAGUAAGUGCAUUUUGGAUUUGGAUCAAAGGAUAAAAACUUAAAAUUUACAUUUUAAUCCAAGUGUUCAAAUUUUUGCUGAACUCUUGUUUUAAACGGUAAAGGCAGGCACAAUUUAAUUUAAAUGCAAAUAAAUGUAAAUUUAUUUUAUGACCGUAAUUAUUAACAACAUACCAUGAUUAUUUUUUAAAUAUCUGAGAUAGAUGAUUUUGUUGGCAUUGCUUUUCAAAAUAAAAGUUACCCGUUU